AUGACCACCACGGAGGUCGAGAACUUCCCGGGAUUCCCGGAGGGAAUUACGGGCCCCGAUCUUAUGAUCAGAAUGAAGCAGCAGGCGGAGCGGUGGGGAGCGGAGUUACACACCGAAGACGUGGAAUACGUCGAUCUGCAGACCCGCCCCUUCACAGUGCGCAGCAGCGACCGCGAGGUGCGCGCCCACAGCGUCAUCAUCGCCACGGGCGCCACUGCGCGCCGAUUGGGCCUGCCCAGCGAGAGAGAGUACUGGUCGCGAGGCAUCUCCGCGUGCGCGAUCUGCGACGGCGCGAGCCCAAUUUUCAAGGGGCAGGAGCUGGCGGUGGUGGGAGGAGGAGAUACGGCAGUGGAAGAGGCGCUGUACUUAACUAAGUACGCUAAGCACGUGCAUCUGCUGGUGCGGAGGGACAUUCUUAGGGCCAGCAAGGCGAUGCAGGAUCGGGUGUUUAAAAACCCGAACGUGACUGUUCACCUGAACACGAUCCCUGUAGAUGUGGUGGGGAACGACAAGGGGCAGAUGGCGGGUUUGAACGUGAAAGACGCGCAGACGGGGCAGGAGAGGAUUAUUCCGGUGAAGGGGCUGUUCUAUGGGAUCGGGCACAAGCCGAAUAGCGAUCUGCUGGCGGGGCAGGUGGAGCUGGAUGGGAGCGGGUACGUGGUCGUGAAGGACAACGCGGUUGAGACUUCUGUUCCCGGCGUGUUCGCUGCUGGCGACCUCAAGGACCACGAGUGGAGGCAGGCCAUCACAGCAGCAGCAUCGGGGUGCAUGGCAGCGCUGUCAGUGGAGCGAUACCUCACAUCCAACGACCUGCUCAUCGAGUUCCACCAGAAGGAGGUGGAGGUGGUGGAGAAGAAGGAGCUCACAGAGGAGGACGUGGAGGAGCGGUUCGACCCGCUGCUGACGCGUCACAAGGGCCAGUAUGCGCUCCGCAAGCUCUACCACGAGUCGUCACGCCUCAUUGGAGUCAUCUACACGUCCCCGACUUGCGGGCCCUGCAGGACGCUCAAGCCCAUGCUCGCUAAGGUGGUGGAGGAAUUCGACCGUCAGAUCCACUGGGUGGAGAUUGACAUCGAGGAGGACCCUGAGAUUGCCGAGGCCGCAGGGAUCAUGGGCACUCCUGUCGUUCACUUCUUCAAGAACAAGGAGAAGAUCGAGUGA